CACACACACACACACACACACACACACACACACACACAUAUUGAUGUCUACAGCUUUAAGAGCUGCAUAGAGACAACACGAAACUGAAAGCUUCCAGAGAAAUCGCUGAAGUAAUCCAGGGGACAGAUGGGAUCUCAUGGAGUGAAGGCAGAUAUACCUGAGGAAAAAGAAGAAUACGUAACACCCAGUAACUAUGAGCUGGAGAAGCUACUAGCGCGAGGAACUGUAGCGUACACACACGUCAAUGAAGUGUGGCCCAACAUCUUUAUAGGAGACGAGCAGACAGCACGGGACUGUUAUGGCUUACAGAAACUGGGCGUGACUCACGUUCUGAAUGCUGCAGAGGGCAAGAGGAACAGUGUGUGUACUGGAGCUGGUUAUUAUAGCAACAUGGACAUAGAGUAUUAUGGCAUUGAGGCAGAAGACAUUCCUUCAUUCAACAUCAGUGUGCACUUCUUCACUACAGCGGAGUAUAUGAGACGCGUCCUGAGUAAUGCACAGAACAAACUGCUUGUACACUGUGUAAUGGGACGCAGUCGCUCAGCCACACUGGUCCUCGCCUACCUGAUGAUUGAGAAGAAGAUGACGCUGGUGGAGGCCAUUGAGCAGGUGAAGCGCCGCAGACAGAUCAUCCCUAACUGGGGCUUCCUGAAGCAGCUGAGGGAGCUCGACGUCUUCCUUCUGGAGCAGAGGAGUGAACGCACACACACACAGACUGCAGACAGUACUGAGCGGACUAAUCAAUAACACCAACAAUAAAAAACCUUUAAAUCA